AUGAUGAGACUCAACGAAACAGAUAAACAAAAAACAAUCAAUCUCUCAGAAGAUGCAUCACCGCACGUUUUCGGAUAUUACUAUCGGACUGUUGCUAAGUACGGUAAGAAUUCUUUCAUGUGGUUCGGUCCGUGGCCGAGAUUGAACGUUGCGGAUCCGGAGCUAAUAAAGGAGAUUCUAAGUAGACCGGAUGCUUUUCAACAGCCACUUCCGGAAACAGGCAAGAUUCUUACGGGCGGGAUCGUGAAACUGAAAGCAAUGAACAAUGAACUCCAAUUGUUGCUAAAGGGUAUAGUCGACAAAAGACAAAAAGCCAUGGAAAGGGGUGAAGCCAUGCCUAAUGACUUGUUAGGCGCUCUUAUGGAAUCGAAUUCAAGGUUCAUUAAUGAAGACAAUGACGGAAACCAGAAUGUUGUCGGGAUGAGUAUCGAUGACGUCAUCGACGAGUGCAAAUUUUUCUACUUUGCGGGUUCAAAAACGACGGCUAGUUUGCUCGUGUGGGCUAUGGUGUUGUUGUGCCAAAAUCCCGAUUGGCAAACCCGAGCAAGAGAAGAGGUCGAUCGAGUUUUCGGGAAUGAAGAGCCAUCUUUUGAAAGCUUAACUCACCUCAAAACUGUGACGAUGAUUCUGCAAGAAUCACUAAGGUUGUACCCACCGGCGCCUCUAAUGACACGAGGCUCUACGAAGACAGUGAAACUAGGAAAUAUGACUAUUCCAUCAGGGGUACAUAUGACAUUGCUAAUAGGCAUACUCCACCGCGACCCCGAUUUUUGGGGAGACGAUGCAAACGAGUUCAAUCCUCAUAGAUUCUCUAAAGGAGUUUCGAACGCGGCAAAUACUCAAUCGGCUACAUGCCCUUUGGUGCAGGUCAAAGAGUCUGCAUCGGUCAAAACUUGGUCUUGA